UCAAAGUCACGUUUGAUUCUCUCAAUUAUUUCUCCUUUAACACUCGUUUUAAUUUAAUACUUAAAAAAAAAAUCAACAAAUAAGACCCUUAAAAACCAGAUCAGACUCCAAAAAACCAAACCUAUCUUUCAACCAAACACAAAAACAAAACCAUCUUUUGGAAAAAAAACCAAAACAGAGCAUGAGAAACAGAGGACAAAACCAGAACAAGUUCUUGAGAAUAAUCUUAACCCCUCUUAGAGCUUUAGGAAAGGCACGUGAUCUCUACGUGAGAAGCAUCACCGGCUGCGCAGCUCGGACUCAUUAUUCCUCCACCGCCUCCGUCUCCGGUCCUUUUCCGAGAAGCCGGAGCUCCUCUUCCGCCGCCUUUUCCUCCUCCGCAUCUUCCCGGAGAACCACCGAUUUCGGGAUUGACGACGAUUACAGCGAGCUAGUGAGAGCCGCGUCGGUUAGGAGUUUAGGGCACAAGAAUGAGAUCGACAUGUUCAUACAAGAGAAGCUGCAACAGGAGAAGGAGCAGAAGCAGAAGAAGCAAGGAAGGUUGCCGAAGAGCUCGAGCGUGGGGAUGGGGAGGAUAGAGGAAGAGGAAGAAACAGAGGAAGGAUCUGUGAAUCCGAAGAUGAAGAAGACGAAGAAAGUCUCUGAUCUCUUGUAUCCUCGUAGCAAAUCAUAUGCUGUUACUGGUAGCCCCAAAUUUUAGUUUUUAGUUUCUUUUUUUUUGGGUUUGAUUUUAGUAAAUUGUGGAUUGUUUGUGAUAUUUUUUCAGCUCGAUUUUGUGCAACAUGAAUAAUAAUAGUAGUCGAUAAACUACUCUCGUUUCCAAUGCAAACUUGGUUUAUAUUGCGAAUCCAAGUUUCGGUUAUAUUGGAAGUUUAGCCUAAUUA